UCCCAACUGUUUGUCCUCCCUUUGUGAUCUUUGGUGUUGACCAGGGAUAGUUUUCAAACAUCACAUUUUGGAACUUCUCUCCCAAGUAUUUUGACCAUUGUAUUAUCCCAGAAUAAAAUUCCACCUGAAAAUGAAAAGGCAACUACUACUACUACAAAGACACUUCCAUGUUAUAAAAUCAUUACCUGCUCUUGGCGCUGGACCACUCAAAUUCUUGUCCUCAUUGGACUGCUGUAAUGACAAGCAUUGGUGAAUGGUGACAAGAAACCUGUCCUGAAAACAAACAUCUAAGAUCCUUUGCCUUUGUUGACCACAAACACAGACAGCCAUUGAUGACCUUCUAGAAAGCCUUCUUCCCUAUUUUUUCACCACCCAAGAAACCAAACCCCCGAACCCAAAAACCCCUCUCUCUUUACAGUUUACACCCUUAAACACUUCUCUUACACAUUUUCACGGUUCGUAGACUCUGGAGUUUUUUGUCUUGAAUCGGUUGGUUUUGUACAUUUUUGCCAUAGUUGAAGUUUUUCUUGGGUAUUCGUUAAAGGGUUUCAAGAUUCUUGGCUUUUGCUCGAAUUGCAAGCCAUUCUUGCCUUCUGAAGAUGCCAACUUUUGCAGGGUCGAAGUUUUCCUCGAAAGGGUUUCAUCAGAAUUCAAAUUCAAACGUAGUUACAGUUGAUGUGGGGGGUCAGCUGUUUCAGACAACCAAACAGACCCUUUCUCUAGCUGGUUCAAAGUCUCUGUUCUCCAAGAUCUCCAGCUCUGAUGAUGUCAUCAUCCCCUUCAUUGACAGAGACCCUGAACUUUUCUCAAUCUUACUCUCCCUCCUCAGAACUGGAAACCUUCCCUCCAAAGCCAAAGCCUUUGAUAUUCAAGACCUGAUUUUUGAGUCCCAAGUUUACGGUAUUGAGGACCUCCUCAUAAAUUCCCAAUCAAAUCCUUCUCAACUUGAUGCCUUUAACCUUGAAAAGUCACUGGUUUUGCCAUUGAGUGGUAGAGAUUCGGGCUCGGCCAUCUCCACGACACCGUAUGGAUCACUCCAUGUUGCUCAUGGAAGUAAAAUCACCUCCUUUGAUUGGUCACUGCAAAGAAAAACCACUAUACUCACCCAAUUCACUGCCAUUGAUUCAUUGUUAUCAUUGUCCCCUUCAAUUGCUGCUGCUGGUGCAACUGACUUUUCAGGGCUACAGAUCAUUAAUCUUGAUAAGGGUUAUGUUAAACAGACGUUGAGUUGGGAAAACGUCACUAGGUCUGGCUCUACAGUGCAAGCCAUCGGGGCAUCACCUGAGUUCUUGUUCACUAGCUUUGAGUCCAGUAGGAGAAACUCGAACUGCAUCAUGAUAUAUGAUCUCAAUGAUGGUUUACGCCCCGUUACCAAGAUUGGUGACUAUGAAAUCUUUGGUGAUGAUCUUGAUUCUGCAAUCCCAGCCACUAAACUGCAAUGGGUUCCUAGUCAUAAUUUGUUAAUGGCCUCAGGUUCUCAUAGUGGACCCUCUGGAGUAUCAGGGAACAUUAAGUUUUGGGAUAUUAGGACCGGGGAUGUGGUUUUGGAACUUAAGGAAAAAGUGGAUUGCUUCUCGGAUGUGACUGUUUCGGACACGCUAUCUGCAAUGUUCAAAGUUGGGGUAAGUACGGGCGAAGUGUUUGUUGCUGAUUUGAGAAGUAUGAAUGCUGAUAUACCUUGGGUUUGUCUUGGUGAGGGGAGAAAGGUGACAAAUGGGAAGAAAGAAGGGCUUGGAUGUAAAGUCGAAACACAUGGAAACCAAGUGUUUUGUAGUAAAGGAGGAAACAUUGAGCUAUGGUCAGAGGUACUCAUUGGUUCUAUGCAAAAACAAGACGGUGGAUUACAGGAGAGAGUCUUUAGGAAGAACGUAAUGGGGAGAGCCAAGGAUAUGGGUGGAAGCCGGAUAACAAACUUGAGUUUCGGUGGGAAUAAAAUGUUUGUGACACGGAAAGAUCAGCAGUGUGUAGAGGUUUGGAAUUCAGCUAGACCCUUCUAAUCAUCGAACGUUGGGUGCUUAGAGGGUCGUUGCUUUUGCAAGUUAGCUAGGAACCAUUCAUUAUAUAGAUGUUUUCCUUGUUCAUGAGAAUGAUACUGCACGUUCUCUAUGCUCUGUGAAUAGACGGAAGAUGAUGAUGAGGACAUGAUUUUUCUUUCAUCAGUUCCAGAAUUACGGUUGAUAUGAUCAUAACUGAUUCAGAUUUUUCCUGCAAUCUGUUGUUCUGUUCUUCCAUAUGUUGCUUCCUUUCUGGCAACUUUUGCUACUUACAUAUCAAGAACUUCAUCUUAAA